AUGCAUCUUGGCAGCGGAAUUGCCGUCCCGCCGCUGGUGCUCAAGGCCACCGACGCCAAGCCUGCCGCAGCCGCGCAGCCCACGCCGCCGCCCACGCCCGUGCUGGCCGAAGACGAGGACGAUGCAGACGACGACGGCAGCACUCCCGCAACGGCCACGCCCUGCGACUGGGAGCUGCACAUGCAGCGCGAUGCCCGCGGCCGCCUGAUUGAGUUUGGCCGUGGCGUCUGGAGUGCCGUCUAUAGCGCCGUGGCCCGCAGCCGCUCGCCCGCCGCCGCGCCCGGCCGCAUCGUCGCCGUCAAGACUCCGCUCCGCCGCGACGCCCACCGUAUCUUGCAGGUCGAAGCCGCGCUGCUGAGCCGUCUUUCGCGUGUCGCCGGGCACGAGCGCUACCUGGUGCCGUUCGACGGCUUUGUCGCCGCCGAGCAUGCCCUUGUCAUGGCCGCCGUGCCGCUCACGCUGGCAACCUAUAUCACCUCCCAAGCCACCCUCGCCCGCGAGCGUUUCUCCACCCACACCAUGUUCGACCCCAUGCUGGGCAUGGAGCGCUGGCUGGCCGUCGCCGGCCGUCUCGUCGAAGGCCUCGCCUGGCUGCACGACACCGCCCUCGUCGUGCACGGCGACGUCAAGCCGCAGAACAUCCUGCUCCGCGUGCGCGAGCACGACGACGUCUUCCCCUAUGACCCGCUGUACGUCGAUUUCACGUCCGCCGACGACCUGUCCUCGCCGUCGGCCGGCCGCCAGAACCACGCGCUCGCCCUGUCCGCCCUCACCCCGCCCUUUGCCGCGCCCGAGCUGCUCACCAUCGCCGCCCUCACUUCCGACACCCUGGCCCCGUCCAAGGCCGCCGAUAUUUUCUCACUCGCCGUCACCCUCCUCACGGCCGCCACGGGCGAUCUGCACCUGUACCCGGGCGCCGGUAGCAUGCAGUGUCUCGUAAUGUCCCGCGAGGGCCAUCGCGUUAUCGACUUCGUGCGCAGUGGCGUCAAUGGCUCCCGAGUCCCGCGCAACGGCGCAGUCGAGCGGAUACUGGCGCCCGCAGUGUUGAGAGAUCCAGACAGCAGAGUGCGGCCGGGCGCGUGGCUGGACUUGAUCCAUGCCGAGAAAACCGCUUCGCCAAUAACGCCGGCCCAACUUUAA